AUGGCGUGUUAUACUAUCAGCCUCCUUGUUGUUCUUAUUGCUCGCUUUGUCCCUGGGGAAAGACCCGUGCCCGAUGUCGGCGUUGUGAUUCAUGCGACUGGUGCUGUCAGCCAAGGGUUCGAGUUCGAAAUCAAGCGCAACUAUGACUUUCGGGCCACCAGCACCCUUUCCAUGAAGAGAAUUCAGCUGCAGUGGGUCAAUGGAAGGCACUUCGAUGAGGAAGUCAUGCUCAACGGAGGGAAGCAUAAAAUUGACCAUGUGCCAGUCUGCGGAUUUGAGGCUAGUGUACACAAGGUCCAAGUUCCUGGGAAGAUCCUCAAUAGGGUAGAGCAAAAUGCAGCCACCGGCAAGAAGAUACGACAAAGGGACUUCCAAACAUGGAUUGUCGAGUCGGCCAACCAACUUGUGCGAGACGGGAUAUUUCAUGAGGGCGUUGCGGCCUACGUUCACGAACUUGAGGACUGAUCACGCUUUCUAUAUGUGCGAUAGUAGUGCUAUGGGAUUCAUGCGGAGGUGAAGAACCCUGGUAUAGUCCCGGUUCUUAAACCAAGUUAUUGAGUAGCCCAACAGAUG